AUUCCUCCGAAGUGGUUCAGAUUCCGAAAUUUGGCCGUAUUUAUCCUAGUCAUUAUAGUCUUAGUGCAAAUAGGAACGUCCGUCAAAGUUACCAGGAGGAGAUUGAGGAGACCGACGACGACUGCCGCUUCGGUUGCUUCUUCAUCUGAUCAGGAUGUUGCGGCGAGCGUGAGCAGGUUCAGGGUGAGAGGACGCGGAAGCUCGAAGAAGAUCUCCGACAAUUCUCUGUCCGCGUCCAGCGUGUCCAAGAAGGACAAAGAUGGAUACAAGGUCGUUUGCUACUACACCAAUUGGUCGCAGUACCGUCCGAAGGUCGGUAAGUUCUCACCGGAAGACAUCACCCCGGAUCUCUGCACGCACAUCAUCUUCGCUUUCGGUUGGCUGAAGAAGGGCAAACUCUCAUCGUUCGAGAGCAACGACGAGACGAAGGAUGGCAAAGCGGGAUUGUACGAUAAAAUACAUAAACUUAGAAAGGCAAAUCCGGCGCUCAAGACGCUCCUCGCCAUAGGAGGAUGGUCUUUUGGUACGCAAAAGUUCAAAGACAUGGCCGGAAGCAGAUACGCCAGGCAGACGUUCAUCUACAGCUCCAUUCCAUUCUUGAGGGACAGAGGAUUCGACGGUUUGGACAUCGAUUGGGAAUACCCGAAAGGAGCCGAUGAUAAGAAGAACUACGUUCACCUUCUCAAAGAACUUCGCGAGGCCUUCGAAGCUGAAGCUCAAGAAGCUAAGAAACCUAGGUUGUUGCUGUCUGCAGCUGUACCCGUCGGUCCCGACAACAUCAAAUCUGGUUACGAUGUGCCAGCCGUCGCUUCCUACCUGGACUUCAUCAACUUGAUGGCGUACGAUUUCCACGGCAAAUGGGAACGCGAAACGGGACACAACGCCCCGCUUUACGCCCCGAGCACCGACAGCGAAUGGCGCAAGCAAUUGUCCGUCGACCACGCCGCAAGUCUCUGGGUCAAAUUGGGAGCACCCAAGGAGAAGCUGAUCAUCGGAAUGCCGACCUACGGAAGGACCUUCACUCUGAGCAACCUCAGCCGGUACAAAGUUAACUCUCCGGCGAGCGGCGGCGGUAAGGAAGGCACGUACACGAAGGAAUCCGGAUUCUUGGCUUACUACGAAGUCUGCGAGAUGCUGAGGAAUGGAGCCUCGUACGUUUGGGACGAUGAAAUGAAGGUACCAUACGCGAUUCACGGAGAUCAAUGGGUCGGUUUCGAUGACGAAAGAUCGAUCCGUCACAAGAUGAAGUGGAUCAAGGAGAGCGGUUUCGGAGGAGCCAUGGUUUGGACCGUCGACAUGGACGAUUUCACUGGCACCGUCUGCGGUGGUAACGUUAAAUAUCCGCUCAUCGGAGCCAUGAGAGAGGAAUUGCGCGGUGUUUCUCGCGGCAAAGGAGCCAAGGAUAUUGACUGGGAGGAAGUGGCCGGUGGUGUUGAAGAAGACGAAGAGGAUGAGAUUGAAAAACCAGAACCGGCGAAGGUAGCCGUCUCCGAGGUUCUGAAGAGGGUCAGGAAACCAAGCAAGAAGGCGCAUUUGAAGGGAGCCUCCACUUCGAGCAGACGCACGCGUCCACCGCAGGUGUUCUGUUACAUCACCAAUUGGUCGCAGAAGAGGCCAGGUGCCGGAAAGUUCACCCCAGAAGACAUCAACGCGAAUCUCUGCACGCACGUUAUUUACGCGUUCGCCACGCUGAAAGAUUUCAAAUUGGCGGAAGCAGACAGCAAAGAUGAUGAAAUGUACGAUAGGGUUAUUGCGUUGCGCGAAAAGAACGCCGAUUUGAAGGUGUUGUUGGCGAUCGGCGGUUGGGCUUUCGGAUCAACUCCAUUCAAAGAGCUGACCGGGAACUCGUUCAGGAUGAAUCAAUUCGUUUACGACUCCAUCGACUUCUUGAGGGAUUACAAGUUCAACGGUUUGGAUGUGGAUUGGGAGUAUCCGAGGGGAGCUGACGACCGCGUCGCGUAUGUUAACUUGCUGAAGGAGCUCAGGUUGGCGUUCGAAGGCGAAGCGAAGAGCAGCGGACAACCUAGGUUGCUGUUGACUGCAGCUGUACCGGCCAGCUUUGAGGCUAUUGCCGCCGGCUACGACGUCCCUGAGAUCAGCAAAUACUUGGACUUCAUCAACGUGAUGACCUACGAUUUCCACGGACAAUGGGAGCGCACCGUCGGACACAACUCUCCGCUGUUCCCGCUGGAAAGCGCCACCAGUCACCAGAAGAAAUUGACUGUGGAUUAUUCGGCUAGGGAAUGGGUGAAGCAAGGCGCGCCUAAAGAGAAGUUGAUGAUCGGAAUGCCCACAUAUGGAAGAAGUUUCGAGCUGGUGAACACGACGCAAUUCGAUAUUGGAGCCGCCGCUUCCGGUGGAGGCGUUGCUGGAAAAUACACAUCUGAGCCGGGAUUCAUGAGCUUCUACGAGAUUUGCGACUUCCUCCAAGAAGAUAACACGACGUUGGUUUGGGACAACGAGCAACAGGUACCAUUCGCUUACAGGAAGAACCAGUGGGUCGGAUUCGAUGAUGAAAGAAGUCUUAAAACGAAGAUGGCUUGGUUGAAGGAGGAAGGUUUCGGUGGAAUCAUGAUCUGGUCCGUGGACAUGGACGAUUUCCGGGGACAAUGCGGAAGCGGUAAAUUCCCUCUGAUGCAGGCGAUGACUCAGGAAUUGGAUGGAUACAAAGUGAAAUUGGAAUAUUCCGGACCGUUCGAGAGUUCCAGUCCCAUCGGCCAAUACACGACUAAAGAUCCGAACGAGGUAACUUGCGAAGAGGAGGAAGGUCACAUUUCUUACCAUAAGGACAACAACGAUUGCACGAGAUACUACAUGUGCGAAGGCGAGAGGAAGCAUCACAUGCCUUGCCCGGUCAAUCUGGUCUUCAAUCCCGAUCAGAACGUUUGCGAUUGGCCAGAGAACGUUGAAGGAUGCAUGGAACACACCCAGGCGCCGCCCACGCGCAGAUAAUUUUAGCGAAAGACGAAGAAAGUUAAAGAGAAAAGAACACGCACUCAAGCACACACAGGCCUAAAAACACACACAAAAAAAGAACACAAAUACUCCCCUAAUUCUGCUAUGUCCCCCCCAAUCUAACGCAAAUACCCGCGAUUCCCAAGAGGAAUGAAUAAAACGACUUUAUUAUUAGAAGCAACAGCAAACAAACAAAAAAAAAAUGAAGAUAAUAAUGAAAAACC